UGUGCCGAGUACGUUUUUAUUGUUGAGAAAAUGAUUCCCCGCUGGAGACGAUGUUAGAAACAAAAAUGCCGACGGGAAGAAGAAGAAAAUUAUAAUAAUAAUAAAAAGAGUUGACCGAGUUAUCGCGCGACCUCACGUUUCCGGAAGUCAGAACGGUAACUGUCCGAGGUGCUGUUUGUUUUUGAGCGCUAUGGAUCCAGAAUCAGUGGAUACCUCCUGCAACUCCAGCAGCACCAGCCCUCUGAGUGGUAAAACUGGCUGUGGUCCACAAUGCAACGGUGUCCAAGAAAGGCGGAUGCCAUUGCGAGCGUCUGCGUCCCACGGACUGCAGAUUCUGAAAGUGCUCAGAUCAUUCAGGGAGCAAGGAUUGCUGUUUGACUUCACCAUCAAGGUCCAGGAAUGCAGUUUCCCUUGCCACUGUUGUGUUCUCGCAGCAUGCAGUGAUUUUUUUAGGGCAAUGUUCGAGGUGGAUAUGCGAGAACGUGAUGAUGGUUCAGUAACUCUGGGUAAUCAGAGUCCAGUGGCUGUCAGUUCUUUCCUGGACUUUGCCUAUUCUGGAGAGGCUCUCAUCACUGAUGGGAAUGUGGACAUGUUGUUCCAGAUUUCUUCUUUUCUGCAGGUUCCGGUCCUGUCCAGAGCAUGCAGUGACUUCUUGGUAGGAAGCAUGCGUCUCUCGAACUGUCUUUCCUUGCUGUCGCUGGGAGAGGCGUAUGGCUCAGCUUCCCUCCUUCAUAGUGCCAACGAGUUUGUGGUUCAAAACUUCUAUGACCUUUCCAGCACUCAGGAGUUCUUGGAUAUGCAGGUAAAUGUUUUAGAGGCCUGCCUAAAGUCAGAUGUUCUGAAUGUGCCCAGUGAGGAGGCAGUUUUAUGGUCACUUCUUAGAUGGAUUCGCCACGAUCUGCCUGGAAGACAGAAGCUGCUACCGGGACUGAUGUCUCUGACCCGGCUGCACCACCUGCCUGCAGCUGCAUUGAAGACUCUACAAGAUCCAGACUCUUCCCUCGGCCGCGAUGGGUCUUGUCUCGCGCUGCUGUCAGAGGCCCGCAGCAGACAGGCUCAGUAUGACGGCCUGCUCAUCGAUGCCAGGCCUGCCACCACGCAGAGCUACAUCUACAUCCACAAGACGGAGGAGAACGGCGAGAUACGCCACACCUUCUGCUACUGUGUGGAAACGGACCGGUGGAAAGAGCUGCGAACGCAGAGGGGAGAGGGCGCGGCUCCCAUGCCGGAUCCACCAGGGACCUAUCUUACAAGUUAUGCAGAGAAGAUGUUUGUCAUAGGUGGUUGUCGGGGGAACUGUUGCCGGGCGAUUCGCCUCCACGUUGCAGAACUGUACCACGAUGCCACUGACGAGGUUUGGUGUUUCUGUCCUGUGACCCUAACCUGCACUCCUGCACCGGCCAUGCUGAAGCCCAGGACCAUGCACACGGCUGUCACCUGCCUGGACCGAGUCUAUGUGAUUGGAGGGCGGACCAAGGGRUCCAGAGGCGAGGCCCCCAGUCUUCUGGAGGUGGAGUAUUACAACCCUCUGAGCCAAACGUGGAGCUCUGUCAGCCCUCUGCCCACUGCCAUCUUCUAUCCAGAGGCCAGUGCUUGUGGGAACAUCAUUUACACCUUGGGGUCCGAAGUGGAGAUCACAGACUCCUUUAACCCCUCGCUAGACUGCUUCCUCUGCUACGACACCCGGCAGGACCAGUGGAGCCGCCUGGUGGCAGAGUUCGGACAGUUCUUCCACGCCACGCUGGUUAAGGCUGUGUCCAUCAACAACACGCUGCACCUCUGUGACCUGUCCACAUAUAAGGUUUACAGUUUUUGCCCAGAGACAAACGUCUGGAAGGGUGAGGGGUCAUUUGAAUGUGCGGGCUUCAACGCUGGAGCUGUUGGUGUGAGCGACAGGAUCUACAUUCUAGGUGGAGACUAUUCCCCUGAUGAGAUCACUGAUGACGUUCAGGUGUAUUAUAGUGGGAGGAGUCAGUGGGAGGAAGUGGCGCCUAUGCCCAGAGCGCUCACCGAGUUUCACUGCCAACUCAUCAGCUUCAACAGAUACCGAGACCCGUGGAGUGACACUGAGUGACACACACACACACACACACACACACACACACACACACACACACACACACACACACA